CAUCCACUACCGGUGAGAGAGGGACCAUUUAUACCCACCUCGGCAGACAGAAUUUGGACCACCCCUUGGGAUUUGGAAGCACGCAAAUAAUAUUGCUAGCGGGGCACUGCAGGAGGAUAUCUCGCCCAAUAUGGCAGCGGCUACUGCUGGCUACGAGUGGAACCGCUCGUCGCCCCUGCGCUCCUCCCCCGACACCACGUCCCCCAUGUACCCCGAUCGCCCCAUUCGCCCUCUGCCAAAACGCCGUCUUCGAGCACGCCUGUCGCCCGAGCAAGCUGAAGCCAUCGUCUACCCGCCCGCCCCUCCGUCCUCUGGCCCGCUCUUCAGCUUCCCGUACUCGCCAGCCGAGACCCGGGGCAACGGCCGCGUUGGCCAGCGUCGGGGGGAGAGUGACCACCACGCCUGCCACUGUGGUCACAACCACUCAGAGGUAGAGAGUGAGGAGGACGAGGACGAGCGUGGGGCUCCUCUGCCAUCAUCCCCGAGCUACCACUACGCUAGAAACGUGGCUGGAAAGUCCGCAGGCGGAGCGACAGCCAUAUACCCCAAGCCCGGGUCCACGUCGUCUUCUGCAGACGGUUACGAGUCGUUUGAGAAUACAAACAACAAGAAGAAGCGAAAGAUCCCGAAUAUGGGGACAAGCAUCCACCACACCAAUCUGUCCGCUGAGAUGGCGAGUAUGGGGCUUUCCAACCCCCAUGAACUCGCUGCACCUGACGAUGGAGAUGGUGUGGGGCGCUAUUACACAUCUGCACCUUCCACACCCCAACACAACACCCCCGGCACAGGCAUCGCGGGUGCUGGCAGAGGUCGAUUUGGGAGAUCUGCAUCGGGAAGAUCAGAACGGCGAGUGCUGGGAACCUCCACCAACCUCGGCAACGCCAAAGCGGCCACCAAACGACCUCCCGACCAAGGCGGCAUCAUAUCCACCGCUAUCGCCAACGCGCAAGCCACUCCCCCUCCCGCCGGCAGUGAGAACGUAAGCUUGUUGCAGCAAGAGGCUUCGAAGAGCAGCACCAACAAGACCCAAUUUACUUUCACCUGUGGGUCUGACUCAGCCAACAAGAUGGUUUGGCCCGGCCAGCAGAAUGGUCCGUACCCUCAACCCCCUGGCUCAUACCCGACGGGUGCCACCGGACACCCCACGCAACCCACCCGUGCCCGUGCUCCUACCCGUCCAGACGCUCCCAUGGUGUCAACUCAAGGCACACAGACAAGCCCGAACAUCAAUGGUGCACAACACCCGCCUUCUGCGAAGAAUGCUGCACCUCCCAAGAAUGGCCAGCCGAACCAGCAAGUUCCGGCUCCGCGAAAACCCCGACGCAGCGCUUCCAAGCUGUAUGCCUACGCUGCUCGCAAGCGCCGCAUUCAGCAGGAGUACGCUAAUUUUCACAACCCACCCAAUCCGGCAUGGAUCUGCGAGUUUUGUGAGUAUGAGGACAUAUUCGGGGCACCACCGGAAGCAUUGAUUCGGCAGUAUGAGAUCAAAGACAGGAAGGAGCGGAAGCGUAUUGCUGAAAAGCGGCGUCUGUUAGAGAAAGCGAGGAUGAAGGGACGCAAGGGCAAAAAGGCCAGUAAGAAAGCUCAAAACAACGCAAACAACGCCCAGCAUAGCCAAAAUGCUCCUGCCGGUGGCUAUGAUCGACGCAUGGAUGAAGGACCAUUGGACGGCCAAGAGGAAGAAUACUACGACGAUGAGUACGACGAUAUUCCGCCUCAAGCCUCAGCCCCUGGCAAGCCAUGUGACCAUCCAGGCUGUCAUCAUUCGCACCAUCCAAAAACGCAGGCUCAGGGUCUUGGGGAUCCGAGCGGUGGAGGCAAGGGUGUUAAUGGCGAACCUUCGUCUUCGGACUUUGAGGCAGAGAUCGACGGCGUCACCUUCACAAACAAGGAUGAGUUCUAUGCGUACGUGUACGGCAAAGUCGACAAACUCCAUGAACACGGCAGCAACUUGAGAUUUCGAGUGCCCUCGGGCCACCAAGUCGAAAUGUCGAGGGACAAGUCUGGCCUCGACGUCUUCAUCAACCGAGUUGGAUAAACUCCAAAAAGCCAUCGACUCGGUUCAUCUUAUCCCCGUGGAUUAUCUCCAUAUUUGCCCUCCUCACGACCCUAUUUUGAGCUCAGCAUCCCGUACAUCCCCCGCAUUUCCCGGAGCCCCUGUAUUCCAGUCGUUUCCAACAUCCCCGACCACUCAUAAACCACAUCAUACAACUACAACUACAUAAUAAACCCCCCAUUUUCACUUCAACGAGCAUAUCGACUGCUUAACGGAUUGAAGCAACCCCACUCCCCUCAGAAGACAUGUCGAAUUCAGACGAUCCAGAGUCUACCUAUUGACUAGGACCUUGAACUCACCCAGAAUAGGCGGGUGAAGUAAAAUAGGCGAGGUGCUGUCUAGCCGGUAUCGGAUUCUUCUCGAACGAUGGUGUUCAGUUUUCCUGUUGCU